AUGUCGCAUUCCCAGUAUUCCGGAAACCCGUAUCAAUCGGGCCCCGCGCAAGAGUCAGGGUACGGGAACUCAAAUCCCUACGGCGCUCCAGAACAACAUGAAUUGCAGCAAAUAAGUCCGGGCCAGAACCCUUACGGCUCCCCGCAGUCCGCCAACGUCCUGUCGCAACAAGACUUCCUCCAGCGCGUCUCCCACGUCCGCAAUGAGAUCCGCUCCCUCACCGCGGACGUCCAGCGCAUUGCCGGCCUACACCAUGACGCCCUGGUCGGCUCAGACGACACUGCCCAGCGCCGCCUCGACGACUUGGUCGCCUCUACUCAGCUCAAGAACACCGGAAUUCGCGACCAGAUCAAGUCCCUCAAGUCCGACGUCGAGCGGACCACCGACGGCAGCGCCCCCAUGAAGAAGAGACAAUUCGAGGCCCUCAACGGCGAUUUCAAGAAGGAGCUCCAGAACUACCUGCAGGAGGAGCAGCAGUACCGCGAGAGGUACCGCGACCAGAUCGCCCGCCAGUACAGGAUCGUCAACCCCGAGGCUUCCGAGGACGAGGUGCGCCAGGCCGCCGACGCCGACUGGGGUAAUGAGGGUGUGUUCCAAACAGCGCUCAGGACAAACCGGUCAGGCCAGGCUUCCGCGGUGCUCGGCAACGUGCGCGCGCGGCACAAUGAGCUACUGCGGAUCGAGCAGUCUAUCACGGAGCUCGCGGGGAUUUUCCAGGAUCUCGACACCCUCGUCAUACAGCAGGAGGCCAUCGUGGAGCGCGCCGAGGAGCAGACAGAGCAGGCCAACCAGCACCUCCAGGAGGGCAACAAACAGGUCGACGUCGGCAUUACGCACGCCCGCCGCACCCGCAAGCUCAAGUGGUGGUGCGCCCUCGUUGUCUUCCUCAUCUGCUUGGCCAUCGGGCUGGGCGUCGGGUUGGGUGUUUACUUUAGUAAUAAGGCUAAGAAUACGGCAACCAAUGCGACCCAGUAG